CUUUCACUUUUUCAACUUUAAAAAAACAAGAACUAAAUGGGAAAUACAUUAGACAUAUAUUAUUAUUAGGUAGGUAGAUUAAUCAUCAACUGAUCAUGAUCAUUGAUCAUGUAUAUGCAUGUUUGGCUUUAUAUAUAAAAUUUGCAAAUAAUUUAAAAGUCUGAACUCAAUCAUUUAGCUUGUAAACAUGAAUAUAAAUUAAUAAUACCAAACCCAUAAAAUUAUUGUUGUCUUUGCUGUCACAGAAUCUUUGCUAAUUCCUUUUAUUAGUGGCAUAACUAUCCCCUUGGCCGAUGAUGAAGAUGAUAAUCAAUUCAUGACCUACAUAUAAUUUCUCUGUUUUCCAAAAGAAAGAAAGAUAGAUAGAUCAUCAUGGGCAGGAAACCUUGUUGUGAGAAAGUAGGUUUGAAGAGAGGUCCAUGGACUAUUGAUGAAGAUCAUAAGCUUCUCAAUUUUAUUCUUACCAAUGGUAUCCAUUGUUGGAGAAUGGUUCCAAAGCUUGCAGGAUUGUUAAGAUGCGGAAAGAGUUGUAGACUUAGAUGGAUUAACUAUUUGAGACCCGAUCUUAAACGAGGAGACUUAUCCGAAUCAGAGGAGAACCAGAUUAUUAAACUCCAUGCCCUUCUUGGUAACAGAUGGUCCAAAAUUGCUUCGCAUUUCCCUGGAAGAACAGAUAACGAAAUCAAGAAUAUUUGGAAUACGCGAAUAAAGAAAAAGUUAAGGGAGAUUGAACAUCAUCAUCCUCCUAGUCCUGAUCAAAAGGAAAUCGAAUUUUCAUCAUCAAAUACCAACAUUUCGUCGUCACUUUCACUACCACUACCACCACCACAACCACACGAAGAAGAGCAAUCAAUUGCGAUGCAUCGUGAUGAUGAUCAUCCUCACCAACAACAACUGGUGGAGGAAUCAUCGGGCAAUAAGAUCAUGAGCACAACAGUUGAUGAUCAAGAAAAAUGGGUGGAUGUAGUUGAUCAUGAAUCUGCUGCAUGGGAUUAUUAUAACUUAUUCAAUCAUCAUCCAGACCCAGAAGAAGAGUUCUUCUUGUGGGAUAUGCCCUCUCAUUUAUCCCUUAAUGUUCCUUAGUUUUCUACCUA